AGCGCCGGGCCUACGGCAGCGCGGAGGCCGGCUGUGUGAGCAGCAAACAUGCUGAGCCGGCUUCAGGAACUCCGCAAAGAGGAGGAGACGCUGCUGCGGUUGAAGGCGGCCCUGCACGACCAGCUGAACCGCCUCAAGGUUGAAGAAUUAGCCCUCCAAUCAAUGAUCAGUUCUAGAAGAGGGGAUGAGAUGCUGUCUUCUCAAACUGUACCUGAACAGUCACAUGAUAUGUUGGUGCAUGUAGACAAUGAAGCAUCAAUCAACCAAACGACACUGGAGUUGAGCACAAAGAGUCAUGUGACAGAAGAGGAGGAGGAGGAAGAGGAAGAAGAAUCAGAUUCCUAAAGGAGGGGAAAAACCAGGGUCAGUUACACAAAUUGCAUUUCUAAGUCUCAGGCUACUUCUCCUCAAGGAAAUCAUCUUGCCAUGGGCCCUGUGGCCUCCUUGAAAGGAAAGCAAGAACUGUAAGAAGGAUGUAUAGUUGCAAAAAUAGUUCCAUCAGUAACUCAAGCUUCAGAAUGUUAUGACAUGCAGAAAAUCAAAGAUGCUUUGUCAGCAUUGAGCAAUAUGGAUGGAGCUGUCUGUGAUCGGAUCAGAUUCAGUAACUGUUGAAAACAAAAUUUGCUCUCAAAUACUGUUGAGAAAGUCUGGCAUUUACAAAAAGGGUAGUUUAAAUACAAGCCACCCUUUCUAUCCAACAAUGCCUCUUUUAAGAAAAUUAAAGGCUGUUUGCGCAUGCCGCUGAACCCGUGAUCAGUUAGGCCUAGGUCUAGGACAAAAAGAUGACCAGGGGAAGGUCUGAGGGCCAUCUGAGAGCACAAGCUGUUGCUCCCCGUCAGAGGCACUGAAAUGCUGCAUGCUAUAAACUGCUUUGUGGCCAGGCUCAGUGGCUCAUGCCUGUAAUCCCAGCACUUUGGGAGGCCGAGGCAGGUGGAUCACAGGGUCAGGAGAUCAACACCAUCCUGGCUAACACAGUGAAACCCCGUCUCUAAAAAUAAACUGCUUUGUGUAGCUGCUAUCACCUCUCACUUGAGACAUCACUGGUAAAAUAUUUUUAUAAAUAAAUUAUAAAUAGCCAUCAUGGAGCCUGCUGGUUUCUAGAUAGUAACAGAGAGAAGCAGCAGUUGCUUCUCUGAGGAAAAGCUACAAUAGGAUGGGCUGGGCGUGGUGGCUCACGCCUGUAAUCCAAGCACGUUGGAGGCCAAGGUGGGUGGAUCACCUGAGGUCGGGAGUUCAAGACCAGCCUGACCAACAUGGUGAAACCCCAUCUUUAAAAAUAAAAUAAAAUAAAAAGAUAUAACAGGAUGGUUUGAAAUCCAUUUAUGGCCCUUAGAGAGAUGUGCCAUGCUUGGAAGAUUAAAUUUUUAUAAUGGAUGACAGCUACAGAAUAAGAAUUGUUACUUAGUAUCUGAAGUUGAAGUUCUUUUCUGCAUAUUAUCCCUUUUCCACUGACUACUAUGCAGUGAAAUAAGUAGUUGCUUAAUUUUAUAAAACUAAUUUCCCCUGUCCAAACAACAGUAAAAGCCAAACAAAAUUACAAAGAAUUUUCUCAAGUCGAACUUACCUAACAGUUCCCAAAGAAUACUUUUGUUAACGUUACAUUGAAAUUAUUUUGAGCUGCUUUUAGAGGCAACAGCCAGAAGUUUAAAUGAGUAUGUUCCUUAGAACACACAAUGGGAAGACAGUUUGGGAAGAAAAAGCAUCAAGGUAUAUCAAUCUUGGGGGUCUUAUUUAAAAUGGGUUUUAAAAGCUGGAAAAGUUGACUGAAUUCCAGCUCUACCACUGACUGGUCACUUUCCCAUCUGUAAGGUGAAGAUUCUCAUAUCUCCUUUAGCAACAUCUGUUGCUAUGAGGUGCUAAUGAGAUAAUUCAAAAAUCCAAUUAUCAAUGGUGUCUCAGUAAGAAUUCAGCACUGGGAGCUCAAAACACUACAAGACUAAUUCGGGGAACAUCAUUCUUGAUUUAAAAAAAAAAAUCUAAACACCCCUCAAAAGACACUAAGCAUGAAAGUGGUCAGAUCUGGGUUUUAGAUACCAAGUUAUAACAUUUCUCCUAAGGAUAGAAUAUGUUCACUUUAAUGAGACAUUCUCAGUAGUGGUCGUAUCCUGUCAUUUGUAAAAGACACAGGGUGUAAAUGUUAAAACCCAGCCUGAAUGUUUGUUUAUAUGCUGAAAAUGCAUAAAUUAAACUGCUGACUAGAAAACUGUACCUCACAGUGAGAAAAAAUAACUAGCUUAGGCAGGAGUAUAUACAACACUGAUCCUUUUUUUAAAAUCCUGGCAAUAUCCCAAGCUCUGGUACCUCUAGAUUGGAACUACCUAUUUAGAAGAUUACUUACCCAAGUUUGUUUUUAAUCCAAAAAGGAAUGGGCCUUUUAUCUUUAAAUAUGUAUGUUGGCUUUGGUAUUCUAUCACCUGCCCUUUCAAAGAAAAUACUGAGGGGAAGGUAUUGACCAGGCAGCUUCAAAUGUACCUAAAAUUUCCCAAAGACUUUUCAAAUAAGGAAAGGCUCCUAUGGUCAGUGGUCCAUGGCUUAGGGACGUCACUGCCACCUCACAGGCACGACAAAGUCAGUGACAGGUACCUUCCUCCUUUCCAGGAAGACCUAGUUAAGUGUAAGUGGUGAAAAAAGGGAAAGCAUUGCUGAAUGUGGAAGCAGAUGGACUGUCCUGUCUGGUGCAGAAAGCUCCCACACUGGGUAGGAAGCUGGUCAACAGCAAGGCCCUACUGUGAGCAUGACAGCCUGGAAGUGCAGGCAGGAAUAUAGAAAAUGAGAAAUGUUCUGUGAGAUAAGAAAUGUUUUGUGAUUUUACUCAGAUUUGUUCCCAACCUCCCAUCUGCUGCUUUUCCCUUGUAUAAAGACAUCAAAGGAAUACACAGGAUCUAUUCACAGUCCCACAGGAAGGUGGUUAGAAGAAUAACAGAUAAGGGUAUUGGGUGAGAAGAGUUGGACUGAGUCCAGAGAUUGAAAUUACGGGAAGCCCCGUUAGUCCAAAGCACUGAACUUGAUGUGUUUUUUCUGCCUUCCAGCCUCCUUAUCUUCAGCUUUCCCCCUCACCAAUAAUGCUUAGCUAAACCAGUAUUUCUUACGUACUAAAGAAAUUGAAAAGCUCACCACAAAAGCAAAAAUAGCGUUCAUCCUUUACCUUCAUAGUAUAUUUAUUAGAAUAAGAGAUUCGAUUUGUUAAACAUCUAGGUUAAAAUGGUUAAAAGGAUUUUCAUACAAUUUUAGGCACUAUACACAUUGUUUACAAGAGCAUUGGUACUUGGAUAUGGGGAAAGAUAAAUCUGACAUUUUAAUGCCUUGAUCAGUUUGAAACAAUCAAAAUAAUUCCACCAUUUAAGAAACAUUAAUCAAAACUUAAAGAGACAUACCACUAAGUAUCCCACACAGUAUAUUGAAAAUAAAUAGAGAAAUACAACCAGAAGUCUACAGAUCAUCACAGUAGACAGACUGGUGAAACCCCAGCUAUCAUGGCAGUGAAGGGCUCUGGCUAGAUUUGGAUGUAAACUGCUGAGUUCUACAUGAAAAGCAAAUAAUAAUAAAAUAACAUGAUGUACA